CAGUGCGUCACUCGCGAAGCGGAUCUUGCUCGCGCCGGGGCUAUGGCUCGGAAGCGCGCGGCGGGCGGGCAGACGCGGGCGCACGAACCGCGCGGCCAGAAGUCCAAGGGCAAGAGCAAGGCCCGGCGUGAGGAGAAGGAUGCGAAUGUCUCUGAAGAUGAGAAACCUCCAAAGAAAAGCCUUCUCUCUAAAGUUUCACGAGGACAGAGGAAGAGAGGCUGCAGUGAUCCUGGGGGCUCAGCAGAUGGUCCAGCAAAAAAGAAAGUGGCCAAGGUGACUGUUAAACCUGAAAACCUCAAUGUUAUAAAGGUUGAAGCCCUCAGUGAUGGAGAUGACUUCAGAAACUUCCCAAGUGACCUCAAGAAGGCACACCAUCCCAAGAGAGGGGCUACUGUGGCUGAAGGCAGUGACCCAGAAGAUGAAGAAAGUGAAGAUGACUGGGAAGAGGUCGAAGAACUUAGUGAACCUGUGCUGGGUGAUGUGGGAGAAAAUACAGCCUUCUCUCAGUCUGUUGUGCCUGUAAAGCCUGUGGAGAUAGAGAUCGAGACACCGGAGCAGGCAAAAACAAGGGAAAGAAGUGAAAAGAUAAAAAUGGAGUUUGAGGCACAUCUUCGGAGGAUGAUGAAACGUUUCAAUAAGGAGGUCCUUGAGGACACACACAAGGUUCAUCUUCUGUGCCUGCUGGCAAAUGGCUUUUAUCGAAAUAGCAUUUGCAACCAGCCAGAUCUGCGUGCUAUUGGCCUUUCCAUUAUCCCAAUUCGUUUUACCAAAGUGCUGCCUCAAGAUGUGGAUACCUACUACCUCUCCAACCUGGUGAAGUGGUUCAUUGGAACAUUUACAGUUAAUGCAGACCUUUCAGUCAAUGAGCAAGAUGGCCUGCAGACUACGUUGGAAAGGAGAUUUGCUAUUUACUCUGCACGAGAUGAUGAAGAAUUGGUGCAUAUAUUUUUACUGAUUCUCCGGGCUCUGCAGCUCCUGACCCGACUGGUGUUGUCUCUAAAGCCAAUUCCUCUGAAGUCAUCAGCAGCAAAGAGAAAGAAAUCUUCCAAGGAGAGAUCCGUGGAGGCUCCUGGAGGAUCCUCGGAAACUUCCAGCCAAGUUCUAGAAAACCACGGCAAACCAAGGACCCGCAAAGGAGCCAAGCAAGAGGAAACGUUGUGUAAGGGCACUGGCAAUCCAAGAGGCAACGGGAAGAGGAGCAAGGCAGGCAGAAAGAAGCAGAGUGAGCCCUCCUCCAGUGAGGAAGAAGAAGGCAUGAGGGAGAAGGCAGUCCAGCGGCGCUGGCAUGGCCGGGAGCGGCGAGUGUCCUCCAGGGUGUCUUACAAAGAGGAGAGUGGGAGUGGCGAGGCUGGCAGCAGCACUGACUUUGAGCUCUCCAGUGGGGAAGCCCACGAUCCCUCUGAUGAGGAUUCUGAACCUGGCCCUCCGAGGCGGAGCAGGAUUUCCACUCCUCAGAGACCAAAGUCUGGAUCCAAGGGUGCCUCCAGCACCCAGCAAGGAAGCCACCAGAAGCACCCAGGCUUUCCAGCAGCAUCCUCAAGCUCUUCGCGCAGCAAGAAAGGCAAGAAAAUGCCCAGUGAUGGUGAGCAGGCAGAAAGAGGGAGCCCGGCUGGUGUAGACCAGUGGUUAGAGGUGUUCUGUGUACAGGAAGAAAAGUGGAUAUGUGUGGACUGUGUCCAUGGUGUGGUGGGCCAGCCUCUGACCUGUUACAGGUAUGCCACCAAGCCUGUGACCUAUGUGGUGGGCAUCGACAAUGAUGGCUGGGUCCGAGAUGUCACACAGAGGUAUGACCCGGCCUGGAUGACAGCAACCCGUAAGUGCCGGGUGGAAGCUGAGUGGUGGGCUGAGACCUUGAGGCCAUACCAGAGCCCAUUUGUGGAAAGGGAGAAGAAGGAAGACUCAGAGUUUCAGGCAAAACACCUGGACCAGCCUUUACCCACUGCCAUUGGCUUAUAUAAGAACCACCCUCUGUAUGCCCUGAAGCGGCAUCUCCUGAAAUAUGAGGCCAUCUAUCCUGAGACAGCUGCAAUCCUUGGGUAUUGUCGUGGAGAAGCUGUCUACUCCAGGGAUUGUGUGCACACCCUGCACUCCAAGGACACGUGGCUGAAGAAAGCAAGAGUGGUGAGGCUUGGAGAAGUGCCCUACAAGAUGGUGAAAGGCUAUUCCAACCGGGCCCGGAAAGCCCGGCUUGCUGAGCCCGAGCUGCGGGAGCACAAUGACCUGGGUCUGUUUGGCCACUGGCAGACGGAGGAGUAUCAGCCCCCUGUGGCUGUGGACGGGAAGGUGCCCCGGAAUGAGUUUGGGAACGUGUACCUCUUCCUGCCCAGCAUGAUGCCCGUUGGCUGUGUCCAGCUGAAUCUGCCCAAUCUGCACCGUGUGGCCCGCAAGCUGGACAUUGACUGCGUCCAGGCCAUCACUGGCUUCGAUUUCCAUGGAGGCUACUCCCAUCCCGUAACCGACGGGUACAUAGUCUGUGAAGAAUUCAAAGAUGUGCUCCUGACUGCUUGGGAAAAUGAGCAGGCUCUCAUUGAAAAGAAGGAGAAGGAGAAGAGGGAGAAGCGGGCUCUGGGGAACUGGAAGCUGCUGGCCAAGGGGCUGCUCAUCAGGGAGAGGCUGAGACUUCGCUAUGGGCCCACGAGUGAGGCAGCAGCUCCCCAUGCAGAUGCAGGAGGAGGACUUUCUUCUGAUGAAGAGGAGGGGACCAGCUCUCAAGCAGAAGCGGCCAAGAUCCUGGCUGCCUCCUGGCCUCAAAACCGAGAGGCUGAAGCACAGCAGACGCCGAAGGGCCCCAAGAAGACCAGGAAGGAGAAGAAAGCGGCAGCGUCCCACCUGUUCCCAUUUGAGAAGCUGUGAUGGGGCCACU